GAUAGAGAUUUCUGGGUUUUGUUGUUUUUGAGACAGGGUCUCUCUAUGUAGCUCAGGCUGUCCUGGAACAUGUGAUUCUCCUGCCUCAGCCUCCUGAGUGCUGGGAUUACAGGCGUGCACCACUGAGCGUGGCAGGGAUAGAGAUCUGACCAGAUUUAAGUUUGGAAUGAUUGCAAGAGACCAAGCAUAUCCACCCUCACUUCAUUUUGGUGCAGCACUGAUCAGCAGAGCUGGCAGAAGGAGCCCGAAGGACCUGACUUGCUCCAUGUGCUUGGGCUCUGUGUUCCCAUGCAAGAACCACUGUGGCUUUCAUGCACUCCAGGCUGAGGGAUGUGACUUCUAUUUUGCUUUCAUUUUUAUUUUAAAUUUGAUUUUAUCGAUUGAAUUUAAAUUAAAAUGGCCACAUAUUGAAGUGUGCUGGCCUAGGGCAAAGUACAAAAAAAUUUUUUUAAAAAGACAAAGCGUUAAUUGAGUGCCUUCUGUAUGCCAAGUCCUGCUCUGAGCAUUUAUUAGUUUAGUGAUUCUUUCACGGACCUAUGAAGUUGGUGCUGUCACUAUCCCUAUUCUACAGAUAGGCAGAUAGGCAAAUUGAGGGUAAGGCACUGAUGCAGGAUCACACACACAGAAUGUGGUAGAAGCAGGAUUGGAACCCAGAUCCUCAGGCUCCAACUGUGUGUGCUCUAAACACGUGUGCACAGGAUACAGUGUACAGGAUGGGGAAACGCAGGUCAUGCAAUAAAUCUUGUGUCUCCCAUGCUCCUGCUUUUGCCUGCUUCCGCUGCCCACCUGUCCAACCGCUCCUGCAGCCCUGCCCUGCCCUGCCCUGCCCGCCUGUACUCACCUUCCUUCUGCCAACAGAGCUCGGGAAGGGCUUUAUGGGCACUGAUAAGGCCCCUGAUAAGGCCAAAGUUCACCACUACUUCCUCUUCACUUGAGGCCCCCCUGGAGGAGGCUGGUGAGCUUUUCUCCCAGGACCAGCCACCAGCCCAGCCUCUCAAGAUGGCCUUUGUCCCUGCACCAGGCUACCAGCCCACCUACAACCCGAAACUGCCCUACAGCCAGCCCAUCCCGGGUGGCCUGAGCAUCGGAAUGUCUGUGUACAUCCAGGGAAUUGCCAAAGAGCACAUGAGGAGAUUCCACGUGAACUUCGCCGUGGGGCAGAGCCUGGAGGCAGAUGUGGCUUUCCACUUCAAUCCCCGCUUCGACGGCUGGGACAAGGUGGUCUUCAACUCCAGGCAGGGCGGCCAGUGGGGCAGCGAGGAGAAGAAGAGAAGCAUGCCCUUCAGCAAGGGCAAACCCUUCGAGCUGGUGUUCAUGGUCCAGGCUGAGCACUACAAGGUGAUGGUGGAUGGAAAACUCUUCUACGAGUUCCGGCAUCGGCUCCCCCUGCAGAUGGUCACCCACCUGCAGGUGGACGGGGACCUGGAGCUUCAGUCCAUCAACUUCCUUGGAGGCCAGCCAGUCCCACCACAGAGACCCAUGAUGACCCCAGCUUACCCUGGUCCCAGCUUUGCCUAUCAUAACAGCUUGCCUGUAAGGGGGGAUGGGCUACAUGCAAGGACCCCAACCUUCAACCCGCCUGUGCCAUAUACAGGGAGACUGCAUGGGGGGCUCACAGCCCGAAAGACCAUCAUCAUCAAAGGCUACGUGCCCCCCUCCAGCAAGAGCUUUAUCAUCAACUUCAAGGUGGGGUCAUCCGGGGACCUGGCUCUGCACAUCAACCCCCGCAUAGGCGAGGGGGCCGUGGUUCGGAACAGCCUUCUGAACGGCUCGUGGGGCUCCGAAGAGAGGAAGCUCUCCUACAACCCGUUUGGCCCCGGCCAAUUCUUUGAUCUGUCCAUCCGCUGCGGCACAGAUCGGUUCAAGGUUUAUGCCAACGGCCAGCACCUCUUCGACUACGCACACCGAUUCUCAGCCUUCCAGCGAGUGGAUGUGAUAGAAAUUCAUGGCGAUGUCACCUUGUCCUAUGUCCAAAUCUGAUCUAUUCCUGGACACAGCCCCCGGGAAAAGAGAAAGACAACCAGGACUCCCUUCUCAGCCCCUAAUAAAAUGU